CCAGGCGCCUGUCGGAAGUGAGUGCGCCGGAACAGGCCCCAGGUUCGCGCCGGGCUGCUGCGCGGGAGCGAGGGGGCGUGGAGCGAGGCCGGCGCCUGGGCGCUUUACGGGCAGCGCGGGGCCAGGCCCGGUAUCUGUCAUCCCCCAGCGAGGCACCGGCGCGCUCCUGAGGCUGGUGGUGGCGGCGGCGGCGGCGGCGGCGGCGGCGUGGGCGUGGCGGCGAGGCGCGCGAGACCCAGGCGGGGUCGGAGGUUAGCGGGAGGCGUCCCGAGUGGCUUUUCGCCACUUUCCGGAGCCUGGAGUCUGCGGUCGGGGUGGCAGCGGGGAAACGUUACCUACCCCUCUGAGACGCUUCCCCUGAGUCGCCUUGCUGCCCGAUCUCCGCUUUUCAUGUCCGGCUUUGGCUUUUCGAUUUUAGUGACAGCAUAUUAAGUUUGAUAAUAACAUGUUUUACACUCCGCUUUGUCAGCACACAUAAGUUCUCGCUUCUUUUUGGAUGCCUAUUUUAUAACAAUGCAACAAGCUUUAGAACUAGCUUUGGAUCGUGCAGAGUAUGUCAUUGAAACUGCUCGACAGAGACCUCCUAAAAGGAAAUACCUGUCUGGUGGAAGAAAAUCUGUAUUUCAGAAGCUUUAUGAUUUAUAUGUAGAAGAAUGUGAAAAAGAGCCUGAGGUUAAGCAGAAAUUAAGAAGAAAUGUGAACUUGUUAGAGAAGCUCGUUAUGCAAGAGACAUUGUCAUGCCUAGUGGUCAACCUAUACCCAGGAAAUGAGGGCUAUUCUCUGAUGCUCAGGGGAAAGAAUGGAUCAGAUUCUGAGACCAUUCGACUGCCUUAUGAAGAAGGGGAAUUGCUUGAAUACUUGGACGCAGAAGAAUUACCUCCUAUUUUGGUUGAUCUUCUAGAAAAAUCUCAGGUUAAUAUUUUUCAUUGUGGAUGUGUCAUAGCAGAAAUACGUGACUACAGGCAGUCUAGUAAUAUGAAAUCUCCUGGUUACCAAAGUAGACACAUCCUUUUACGUCCAACAAUGCAGACUUUAAUCUGUGAUGUGCAUUCAAUAACAAGUGAUAACCAUAAAUGGACCCAGGAAGACAAACUUUUGCUUGAGAGCCAAUUAAUCCUAGCCACAGCUGAGCCACUAUGUCUUGAUCCUUCUAUAGCAGUAACUUGCACUGUGAACAGACUGCUUUAUAACAAGCAAAAGAUGAAUACACGACCAAUGAAAAGGUGUUUCAAGAGGUAUUCCAGGUCCUCUCUGAAUCGACAACAGGAUCUCUCUAAUUGCCCACCUCCUCCUCAGCUAAAAUUACUUGACUUCUUACAAAAAAGAAAGGAAAGGAAAGCAGGUCAACAUUAUGACCUCAAAAUUUCUAAAGCAGGAAACUGUGUAGAUAUGUGGAAACGGAGUCCCUGCACUUUGGCUGUACCCUCCGAAGUAGAUGUGGAGAAAUAUGCCAAAGUAGAAAAAUCUAUCAAAUCUGAUGACUCACAACCAACAGUCUGGCCUGCUCAGGAUGUGAAAGAUGACUAUGUGUUUGAAUGUGAAGCUGGCAGUCAGUAUCAAAAAACAAAACUGACCAUUUUUCAGUCACUUGGUGAUCCACUUUACUAUGGUAAAAUACAGCCAUGUAAAGAAGAUGAAGAAAGUGAUGGCCAGCUGUCUCCAUCCCAGUUCAUCAUUGGAUCGAAGACUGAUGCUGAGAGAGUGGUUAAUCAGUACCAAGAAUUGGUUCAGAAUGAAGCAAAAUGUCCAGUCAAGAUGUCACACAGCUCCAGUGGUUCAACCAGCUUGAAUCAGCUUUCUCCAGGGAAAGAAACAGAACAGCCUGAAACUGUGUCAGUUCAGUCUUCUGUACUAGGGAAGGGAGUAAAACAUCGACCUCCACCAAUCAAACUUCCCUCAAGCUCAGGAAAUAGUUCUACAGGUAACUAUUUUACACCACAACAGGCCAGCAGCUUUCUUAAAUCUCCAACUCCUCCUCCUGUUUCUAAGCCACCAAGCCUUUCUAGGAAGUCAUCUGUGGAUCUUAAUCAAGUUGGCAUGCUUUCUCCAGCUGCCUUGUCACCUGCCAGCUCAUCACAAAGAUCUGGAACUCCUAAGUCAUCUACUCCUACACCAACCCCUUCAUCGACCCCACACCCUCCUGAUGCUCAGAGCUCAACUCCUAUUACCCCUUCAGCCACCCCUACUCCCCAAGAUUCAGGCUUCACCCCUCAGCCCACUUUGUUAACUCAGUUUGCUCAGCAGCAAAGGUCUCUGAGCCAGGCAAUGCCUGUAACGACCAUUCCUCUUUCCACCAUGGUAACAUCAAUAACAACAGGAACCACAGCCACCCAAGUCAUGGCAAACUCUGCUGGACUUAACUUCAUCAAUGUAGUGGGCUCUGUUUGUGGAGCUCAAACUUUGAUGAGUGGUUCAAACCCUAUGCUGGGCUGUAACACUGGUGCCAUAACUCCUGCUGGAAUAAACUUGAGUGGCCUUCUCCCCUCAGGGGGCCUACUACCAAAUGCAUUGCCUGGUACAAUGCAGGCAACUUCUCAAGCAGGUGUUCCAUUUGGUUUAAAAAACACUUCAAAUCUCAGGCCCUUAAACCUACUGCAGCUCCCAGGUGGCCCACUUAUUUUCAACACAUUACAGCAGCAGCAGCAGCAGCAACUUUCUCCGUUCACAUCACAACCACCUCAGCAACCCGUGACUUCAAGUCCUCAGCAGCCAGUGGAGCAGGGUUCUGAACAAGGUUCAACCAGUCAAGAACAGGCCUUAUCUACUCAGCAUGCUGCUGUUAUUAACCUUGCUGGAGUAGGAAGCUUUAUGCAGUCACAGGCAGCUGUGUUGUCUCAGCUUGGCUCUGCCGAGAACAGACCUGAGCAAAGCCUUCCUCAGCAGAGAUUCCAGCUCUCUUCUGCCUUUCAACAGCAGCAGCAGCAGAUACAACAGUUGCGAUUCUUGCAGCAUCAAAUGGCUAUGGCAGCGGCAGCAGCAGCAGCACAAACAGCUCAGCUACAUCGGCGUCGGCAUACAGGCAGCCAGCCAAAAAGUAAAAUGAAGAGAGGCACACCCACCACUCCAAAAUUCUGAGUCUUGCAUCAGUUUUUUUUUCCUCUUUAAAAAGAAAAAAAAGAGCAUUGAAUCAAAAGAAUUAUUUCUACUAUUUUUUUUAAGAUGUCAGUAUUUUACAAUGCUAGAUGCGUAAACUUUAUACAGAAGCACAACCCUGUACUUUUUAAAUACAAAGAAACGGUUUAAGAAACAGUAGGAUUGGUUUGCCCAAGUCAUUCUUAAUAAAAAAUGUUUCUCACUGUACAUAAUACAUAUGGAAGUGAUCCAAGAAAUACUAGAAACCUCUUUCAGAAGAAUGUAGUUUGAUAUUUAUUUAGUAUAAAAGGUUUGUGCACAGUGUAACAAAUAAAAUUUUUACAAUUGUUUUGAAAA